UCUUCUUCCCGGUUAGUUUUGUUAAAAGCCAGGGCAUUCGCAACAAACAAGGUCCUCACACUUGCUCUGUUUGCCAGUAGUUCUGGUAUUAAACUCGAAUCUACAUUCAACCUUGACGCUUUAGCCUCCACCCAUCUGGUAACCCGUCUGCGUCAUGGCAGCGAUCGAGAUCCCAAAGCAGGCCAAGGCCGUUGUCUAUGACAACCCUGGGACAGUUUCCACCAAGGUCGUAAUGGUCGAUGUUCCGGAGCCAGGCCCAGGGGAAGUGUUGAUCAAUUUGACUCAUUCAGGCGUCUGCCAUUCAGACUUUGGCGUCAUGACUAACGCUUGGAAAGCCCUUCCAUAUCCAACUCAGCCAGGCCAGGUAGGUGGUCACGAAGGUGUAGGAAAAGUCGUUAAACUCGGGCCGGGUGCAGAUAUGACAGGCAUCAAGAUUGGUGACCGCGUCGGUAUUAAGUGGGUUGCGUCUGCUUGUGGAACCUGCCUACCCUGCUUUGAAGGCACCGAUGUAUGCUGCGUCAAAGGCAAAGUUUCCGGCUACUACACACCUGGUACAUUCCAGCAAUAUGUCCUUGGACCAGCCCAUUACGUGACGCCUAUCCCCGACUCACUUCCCUCAGACGCUGCGGCACCAAUGCUCUGCGCCGGUAUCACCGUUUACGCUGCCCUCAAGCGAAGCCGUGCCCGUCCUGGCAACUGGGUUGUAAUCUCCGGUGCCGGAGGUGGUCUGGGCCAUCUCGCAACUCAGCUUUCUAGCCGUGGCCUAGGCCAUCGCGUCAUUGGGAUUGACCACGGUAGCAAAAAGGACCUUGUCCUGAAAUCUGGAGCCGAACACUUCCUUGAUAUCACCGAGUUCCCCUCCAACGACAAUGGCAAGGCCCUCGCGGAGAAAGUUAUUUCAUUGACCGAUGGCAUGGGUGCCCAUUCUGUCAUUGUCUGCACCGCAUCCAACGCGGCGUAUGCGCAGGCCGUCAGCUUCCUGCGCAUGAACGGUUCCCUUGUUUGUGUCGGCGUUCCAGAGAAUGACCCUGUUCCCAUCGGCGCUGCGUUUCCUGCAACCCUUAUUUUAAAGCAGCUUUCGAUAAUUGGCUCGGCAGUCGGAACCAGGCAAGAGGCCAUCGAGGUCCUGGAUUUUGCGGCCAGAGGAAUUAUCAGUACCCACUUUGGAGUAGAGAAGAUGGAUAAGUUGACGGAAGUAUUUGAGCAGAUGGAGAAGGGGCAGUUGCAGGGAAGAGUUGUGCUGGAUCUCUCUUAAUGUUGCAUCCCCCCUUACUAUCUUUUGCUACUCUUUCUGACAAAGAAUUGCAUGAGAUAAUGAGAAAUGAAACUAUAAUCCUGGA